UCGCCGACUACCUGGGCCCUGCCGCCCAGGAGCUCACGGCGCUGCUGCAGCGCCUGCCGCCGCCGGGGCACGGUGCCCCCGCUGCCACCAGCACCGCCACUGCUGCCGCCGCCACCGCCGCCACCGCGCACUGGGUGCGCUGGGACCCCUGUGGCACCGCCGUCCCCUACGCCCCCGAGACAGCGGCGCUGCUGGAGCAGGCCUGGCUGCGCCAGGAGCGCCAGCUGGAUCUGGUGCUGGACGGGCGGCCCCUCACCGUGGAUUUGGAGCGCAUGGAGGAGUUCGACCUCGGCAGCGCCCGCGCCCUGCCCGUCUGCCGCAGCCAGCCCCCGCUGGACAGCACCCGCUGCCUGCUCGGGCCAGAGGUGCCUGGGCUGGAGGAGGAGGUGCGGCUGAUGGCUCUGGCUGAGGACUCGGAGGAGUUCGCUGACACGGUGCAGCAUUUCAGCGCCACGCUGGAGGAGCUGCACAGCCAGAUCAGCGUCGUGCAGGUGCAGAAGCUGAUCCACCCGGUGCUGUACAAGCAGUACCAGCUGAAGAAGGGCAGCGUGAAGCGCGCCUGUGCCGCCGGCACCGCCGUGGAGCGCGUCCUGUUCCACGGCACCACCAAAGCCUCCAGCCGCGAGAUCUGCCUGCACGGCUUCAACCGCAGCUUCUGCGGCAAGAACGCCACGCUCUACGGCCUCGGCGUGUACUUCGCGGCGCGCGCGGCCGUCUCGGCGCGGGACCGCUACUCGCCGCCCAGCGCCAGCGGCACCAAGUUCAUCUUCAUGGCCAAGGUGCUGACCGGGGAGUUCGCGGCCGGCCGGCCGGGGCUGCGGGCGCCCCCCCUGCGAGAGGGCUCCGGGGUCCCCCAGCGCUUCCACAGCGUGGUGGACGACCCCCGGCAGCCCGAAAUCUUCGUCAUCUUCAACGACACGCAGGCGUACCCGCAGUACCUCAUCACCUGCCGCAGCCGCCACGGGGGUCCCCUCUGAGACCCCUUUUAUCCCCCUGGCGUCCCCCUUUUUAUCCCCCUGGCAUCCCCUGGCACUGGUGCCAUUGGGGGUUACGCUGUCGUGGGGACUUGCUGUGCCAGAGAGGUUCCUGCCCUGCCCAGGAGCUCAGAGUGGGGGGAUCCUCACCUGGGGACGCUCCUGGGCACCCUGGCGCCAGGGCAGGAGGACUUGGGGUCACCUGUGUGACACCAGUGAAAUUUGGAAUAAAACUGUGAAUAAAAUUGGAAUAAAUUGGA